UAUCCGGCUGAUUUGGAUUUGUUUAUAUCAAAAACACGAAAAGCAAUGAAUCCUCUGGACAAAAUACACGCGCUGGACGAGAUCGAGAAGGAGAUAAUCCUGUGCAUGCAGAGUGCAGGACAAGCCUUGCAGGAGUUGGGCAAGGAAAAGUCAUCCCAGAAAAAUGCCGAAACCCAGUCGCAGCAGUUCCUCAAGAGUCUGUCCAGCGUGGAAUCGAAGCUUUCCGAGCAGAUCAACUACUUGACCCAGGUGUCCACGGGUCAGCCGCACGAGGGUUCCGGGUACGCCUCCGCCAAAGUGCUCCAAAUGGCCUGGCAUCGCAUUCAGCAUGCUAGAUCCAGGGUGCGGGAACUGGAGGAAACCAAGGCCAAGCACUCGCAUGCUGCCCGUCAGCAACUGAAGCGCCAGCAGGAACAUGCCGCCGCCCAGCAACAGCAGCAACAACAACAGCAGCAGCAGCAACAACAACAGAUGCAACAAGCGGCACAACAGCAGCAACAACAACAGGGAGGAGGAAACGCCAGCGGGGCAGAUCAUGCCAUGGGCGGAGACUCCUCAAUGUCCACCAACUAAUCUGGGGCUAUCUUUAAGGGUAAGGGUUUUAUAGUUUUUCGAGCGAAUUGCACUUGAGCACAUUUUGUCAACCAAUUGCGUGAAUCGAAACAUAAGAGACAGUCCUUUUAAGAAAUACAUUUCCAUACUACUAUUUGUA